AUGAGGUCGCUGUUACUCUUAGGUGUUUUGUUUGCAGUUGUAACAAUUUUUUUCUUCCCUUUUGAGGCCGAUGCCAACAAAUUGGUUCCGAAAGAGGGAAGGAAAGAAAAGAUUGGCCAUCAUGUCCUAGUGCACGCCCGUUCUGGCAGAAAGCUAGGUGGUGAAAAUGAACAAACUGCGGAAAAUGGCGGCGGUGAUAGUGGAGACAACGAAGAUGGAAAUAGUGGUGACGGUGAUGAUAAUGAUGAUAAUGGAGGCAAUGAAGAUGGAGAGAGUGAUGAUAGUGAGGACGGAGGCAAUGAAGAUGGAGAGAGUGAUGGCAAUGAAGAUGGAGAGAGUGAUGGUAGUGAGAACGGAGAUGGAGAGAGUGAUGGUAGUGAGAACGGAGGCAAUGAAGAUGGCGAGAGUGGUAGUGGUAAUGGAGGGAAUGAAGAUGGAGAAAAUGGUGGCAGCGGAGAUAGUGCUGAGGGUGGGGAUAACGGAGGAGGGAAUGAAGAUGGGGAGAGUGGUGACAGCGGGGAUAGUGCCGAGGGUGGUGAUGACGGAGGAGGGGAUGAGGAUGGGGAGAAUGGUGACAACGGAGAAGGGAAUGAAGAUGGGGAUAAUGAUGACAACGGGGAUAGUGACGAGGGUGGUGAUAACGAAGGAAAUGAAGAUGGAGGCGAUGAAGAUGAUGGUGGCGAUGACGUUUUCAGAAAAUCAACUAAACAUGGCCCAGGAGUUCCCCAUUAA